UCUGUAAAAAUAAAGACUUGUUAAUGUUUCAUGUUCAUUUAACUUUAAACAAACUGUUGCCAGUAAAUAACUUACAUUUAAUUUUACAGUAAGUUACUGGAAAACAGCUGCCAGUAAUACUGUCAUUUCUACAGAUAUGUUUAACAAGUUUGUCAAGUGAAAUUUCAAAGUAUAUUUUAUCACCUUGAAUGCAACAUCACUUGUGUACAUCUCUGAAUGUCAUAUACACGCUGCACUGCUACAGGAGGUGUAGAAAGAGGACGGAUUGGAAAGGAUAGUGUUUGUGGAUGAGGAAAUAAAGCAGGGAGGGGGGUUGCAGUUUGGUCCUGAUGCUGGUGUUUCUGCUGUAACCUUCGUUGCUAUCGAGCUGCAGCAAGGUCUAGCGUGCUGGUUUAACCAUUGGCUCUUCACUGUGGCCAUAAAGCAUGUGAUUUAGACACUAGCCAAUGAAAAAUCGGUUGCUGUCUUGGAAAGCUUCUCUUUUUAAAGAGACGGUGCGUUUUUUUAUCCUGCAAGCAAAUAUUGUUGAUGUGUAAUUUCUUUAUGGUGGUUACCAUACGCAUGUGAUGCUUAAUAACAAGUGUCUUUUAAAGGACUUAUUUCUCUGGUGACACAGACAGGCAGUGCUUGCACUCACACAUGCACAGAUUAGUGUGCCUGCACCAAUCCUAUAUUCCCUCCCCUCCUUUUCCCUGUUAAACAGAUACACAUAUACAAACCCAGACGGUUCUCCAUUUUUCCACACUCAUACAUGCUGCCUGCUGCACAUGCGCACUCAGAGCGUGCAUACAUGCACACACACCCAAGCACGCGCCUCCUGCCACAGCGGCUGAUUAGCUUGCGAGAUUUGUCUACAGCAUCCAGGGAGACGGAGCACAAGGCAACGCAUCAGCCGAGUCUGUGUGUGGAUUACACGGUAGAAGACAGCUGCACCGCGCUGACGGGACUAGCAUUGUGUUAGAUGGACUGUGCGCUCUGAACACAACUCGUUGGGAACGCUGGGCCCCGGUCCUGGAGCUCUGCGGUGGGGGAGGGGUGUCGACGCAGGGAUACGGAGAAAAGAGGAUGUUUUUCCAGACCACCGCUCUUUUGUAAUUUGACUUUUGCCUGCAGGCCCUCUCUCUUUCGCAUUUCUGUCUCUCCCUCCCUUAUACUGCCGUCCAUCAUUUCCUCCUGCUGUUGCCUGUCUGAUUGUUGUUGUUGUUGUCCUGUCAUCCCUCAGUCUCUGUCACAUGCUUUUCUUGUGUUAGCCGUCCAUCUUUCCUCUGGUGUUUUCUCUGUCCUCAUUCCCACUGCAUCCUCUCUGUGCCCUUCAGACGGCCCCCUCGCUCCGUCUCUCCAUCUUUGUCUCGCUGCUUUCUCCCCCUCCAGCUGGAUUGGGGUCCGCUCUACUCAGCUGCUGGGAUGAGAUGUAGUCCCUUCGGCCUGUGGAUUUGGGCGGCUCCUGGCGGGCCGUUCACGGGGGACACUACGUGGUUUUCAGGAGGGCCUGGUUCUGGUACCACUUGCUGCAUGUAGAGAGACAGCUGUCGCGAGCGCUUGACGCUGGACUUUCGCCCCAGCUUGCUCCCCUCCUCUCGGGGGCAGCCGUCACUCUGGAGCGUCCCGGCCUGAUAGGCUGCGGCCUAUCUGCCCACGCCCUGACUACGCCCACAUGUCGCUGGGGUGCCCGCCGCGCUUCUGCCCCCGUGCACUUCUGCGCCUCUUGCCUCUGCCAACGGCCCGGGCCGUCCGUCACUUUCAGCAUGGGCGUGGUGGAGGCCAUUGACCCGUCACCCUCUUCUUGCCCCUCACCUGUGCCCGGACGCUACCGGCUGGCCCACUCCUCCAGCUACAGCCCACUGCAGGGGAGGAGAGGGUCAGAGCUGGAGCUUGGGGCAGCCGCAGAUGAAGAGCUGGAUGGGGGUGGUCAAGCCACCGAACGUCGGACCCCCUUCAUGGAUCUGUUCUGUGAGACCUGCUCCAAACCCUGGCUCAUUGGCUGGUGGGAUCAGUUCAAGAGGAUGUUAAACAGGGAACUGUCUCAUCUAUCUGAGACGAGUCGCUCGGGGAAUCAGGUGUCUGAAUACAUCUCCACUACUUUCCUAGACAAGCAGAACGAGGUGGACAUCCCGUCCCCUACACAGCGGGAGCGAGACAAACCGAUGUCCCACAUCAGUGGCGUCAAGAAGCUCACGCACAGCUCCAGCCUAACAAGUGCAGCCCUGCCACGCUUCGGGGUCAAGACCGAGCAGGAGGACGCGUUGGCCAGGGAGCUGAAUGACUUAAACAAGUGGGGCCUUAAUAUCUUCCGUGUGGCAGAGUUUUCCAAUAGCAGACCUCUGAGUUGCAUCAUGUUUGCAAUUUUCCAGGAAAGGGAACUGAUGAAGACUUUUCGGAUCCCGGUGGACACAUUUAUCACCUAUGUGAUGACGCUGGAAGAUCACUACCAUGCCAACGUGGCCUAUCACAACAGCCUGCAUGCAGCUGAUGUCACACAGUCGACACAUGUGCUACUCUCUACACCGGCACUGGACGCUGUUUUCACUGAUCUGGAAAUCUUGGCUGCACUGUUUGCGGCUGCCAUCCAUGAUGUGGAUCACCCUGGAGUUUCCAACCAGUUCCUCAUCAACACCAACUCAGAACUGGCAUUAAUGUACAAUGAUGAGUCUGUGCUGGAGAACCAUCAUCUGGCUGUAGGAUUUAAGCUUCUGCAUGAGGAGAACUGUGACAUCUUUCAGAACCUCACCAAACGACAGCGGCAGAGUCUACGAAAACUGGUCAUUGACAUGGUUUUGGCGACAGACAUGUCAAAGCAUAUGAGCUUACUGGCAGAUCUGAAGACAAUGGUGGAGACCAAGAAAGUGACCAGCUCUGGAGUGUUGAUGUUGGAUCAUUAUAAUGACCGAAUACAGGUCCUGAGGAACAUGGUGCACUGUGCUGACCUUAGUAACCCGACCAAACCCCUGGCAGUAUACAGGCAGUGGACUGAGCGCAUUAUGGAGGAGUUCUUCCGGCAGGGCGAUAAAGAACGAGAGCGUGGGAUGGAAAUAAGCCCCAUGUGUGACAAACACACAGCAUCCGUCGAGAAGAGUCAGGUGGGCUUUAUUGAUUAUAUUGUGCAUCCCCUGUGGGAAACCUGGGGGGACCUGGUCCACCCUGACGCUCAGGAAAUUUUGGACACCCUCGAGGACAACCGGGACUGGUACCAAAGCACCAUCCCGCAGAGCCCAUCGCCACCACCCGACGGCCCAGAUAACGCGCUCGAAUCCUGCGCGAACAAAUUCCAGUUUGAGCUCACCCUGGAGGGAGAGACGGCACAGGAAGACGGGACUGCCAAUCAUAACCACAUAAGCAACAGCGAUAAGGAGGAAAAGAAGGAAGAUGAUGAAGCAGAGGAUGACGAGCCAGAAGAAAUCAUGGAGGAUGGGGAGGAUGUAGCGGUGGAGAGGUCGGGGAGGAGGCGACUGCAGGUUCAGUCAGUAGUCGAGGAGGAGGACGAAAGACAGUCUGACGAGAGCCCCGUCGAGGAGGAGAAACUGUCGUCUCCAACUGAUGACACGUAAUACUCGAGACUCAAAAGACAGCCGUCUGGCCCAGAGGGCUAAGUAGAGGCCAUACUUUAAAAACUCUGUCCCUAAUCAUUCACAUAGGACUCUUCUGUUUCUGAUCGCUAAACCAUGAACAGAAUAUGUCUUGUGUACUGAUCCAAUAAGACGUUUCAUUUUUAAUUUCAAAAAGGGAACAAAACAAUAUUGAUAUCAGAGAAGUAUUUAACACAGCAACUGUAGAUUUCGAGUGGGUGCUGGAGUCUACCCAACGGAGAGGGUGAGGCUUUAAGGAGAAGCAGAAUUAUGGUGGGUUUGUAAUGGGCCAUUAAGUCAGCGUAGCACUCUGGAAUUUCCACACAUACACACACACAUCAGUCAAUAAGUACACAAACGUUAAGAGUAACACACCUAAAAUAAGUACAUGCAAACACACAGCUGUGUGUCUGUGUAUGUGUUCAGGGGGCUUGGAUCUGAAAGAAAUCUGUUUUUUUUUUUGUGGAAAAAGCCAUCUCAAAAUGGAGCAUCAGUGUUUAACAGGGACUCGAAUCCUUGAAAAUCGUGUGAUUGGUGAAACCGAAGAGACUUUUGCUCAAUUUCAGAACACAAAAAGCGAGAGAUAAGACAUGGCAUGAUUUGUUUGUGGGUCUCAACCCCUUUUUCCCUUUACCCUGGAGUGCUACCAGUGCGAGAUGGCCGUGUGCCUUUCUGAACCACCAGCUUCAACUCUGGAGCUGUUGUGAAGCAAUGCAUCGUGGGACAGGAGUGUCUGCUUUUGUCUUCAUUUUUGAUUGUCUCUUUUUAAGCAAUCGAUCUCCAUUGUUUAUGGUUUGCGUGGGCACGGAGCGUUCGCAUCGUCUUUGUGAUAAUUCCUUCUCGUCUGUCAGUCUUCCUCGGCUGCGUUCAUGCUGACCGAGCAUUUGGGGCCUAGAUUAGGAUUUAUCAGCGUCAUAGCUCACAGACGGCCCUCACUUUCCGUGUGAAUAAUUAAUGAUAGUCACUUUCUGAGGAUAAGCCAUGUGACGCGUGGAAACAUAUGUUUUGCCUUCUUUUUGUUUCGUUCUAUCCAUUCCUGCCAAAUUUGUGAAAGCAACGGAGCCUCCUCAAUUUCAGCACGCACAGACUCUCUCACCUUCACCCACUCGCAAUGGUAAUACAUCCACCACAUUAUGUUUUGCCAAAGGAAUGAGCUGAUGAGUUUUGAAAAGAGGUUGAACGAACGGUCGGUAAUAGAAAAGAUGUGCAGGGAGUCACAUGCAGCCAUAUUGAGUUUGAUGCUUUUUUGCCUUAAUGUCAACUGCAGGAUUUCUACCUGUCACAUUGUGGAAUAAUAAGACGUUGACAUUAUAUCCCGGGGGAUUUGUUUCAUGUCUAUAUGCCUUGCUAAAUGUUUGUGAAUACACAAUAGCACCAUCAGCACAGACAUGUGUUGUCUUUUUCGCAAGUUGAAGUGAAGAAGGACAAAGCAGGUCAUAUCUGUUAAAUGAAACUAUUGCUCUAAUGUAUUUAAUGUCUGGCGUCUUUUAUUGGUGUCCUAUUGUCACAAGUUUCAAUGUUUUAAUGAAAGAGAGAGAGAGGAAGUAAGAAAAUGAGAGCAAGUUCUCAGGUCGAUGUCAGAACUGCAAUAUCGCCUCUCUCAUAUCUCUCUUUUGUUGAAUAGUUGCUGUAUUUUGAGGAAGCGAUCGCAAGCAUCUCUUUUGAAACAUGACAAGCUAGUUUCUGCUGGUCAGUAGCUUGCAUGUCAAAGCAGAAACUCGUAUGUGAUAGCCGUACGUGUCUGUAACGGGAUAGUAUGACUUUAAUUAGCGGACCGCAGAAGGAAAGCCCAGGGUCAUGUGAUCGAUCUGUGUGAAUCAAUGACAUUCCCAUCUACAUUUGCCUGUCUUACCUUAAAAUGCUUUGUUGUGAGACUUUAUGUUAACGUUGUGAGCGCUAAGCUAACAAAUAAUAUUUGCCAUUUUAACACGACACUGUAGCAAUUGUUUCUUAUUAAGAAAUUAUUACAAUUAAUUCCUUGCUGCCAUUCUUUUUGGAUAUCAAAAAGAAAAACAAGUGUUUUCUUUGAACAGUUUGUGUACAGUUUUUAUUUUUGUAUCAUUCUGGUUUAAUGGUUUAAAAAAAACUACUAUCGACUAUAAAUAGUAGACUAUUCACUGCUUGUUUUGUAUAUACUGUAAUGUUAAAUUGUAAAUUUGAAAUCUCUCAGAAUCAAACAUUGUCACGAAUAAUCACUUUUAGUUGUACUGAAUUGUAGUUGAAUUGUGGAUUGUCAUAAUCACCCCCCCCCACGGUCCCCUUUCUUUCUCCUGUCAUUUUUUUAGGGGGUAUUUUUGUAACCAUCUCACCACCUUUAAAUGUGUAUAUUUGAAUCGUAUUGGAAAACAGACUAAUCAUUGGUCAUCAUCUCUAAACUUGUUCUUUACCAGCACUUUAUUUUUCUGUAGGUUGUGAGAUGGCUGAUAUCAGGGCGUAUAGUAUGAUAUAUACUGAUUUGUGUAUUGAACGGAGCUGUAUGGCGCGACGCAGGGUGGAAACUUGAAAUGGCUCGGUCCAAACAUCUUCAUUUUUGGUCCUAUGUGCCAUUUUCUGCUAAAGCACUGAGCAACAUCUGCUACUCCGUGUCAAUAAUCUGCACUGUAAUGGCUUUUAAUAGGAUUUUUUAAUACUUCUGUGAGGUUAAUGACCAAUUGACAGUCAGAAAGAUGGCGUGGCUUAAUCUGAGAACAGUUUUUCUUUGUACUUUAAAGUCAUGCCUCAUGAGACUCAAAUGAAGUUAUUCUCUGGGCUUUAAAUAAUAUGUUACUUGUUCACAAGUUAUGGUAAUAAUAUAAAUGAAAAAGAAAACACAGGAAAAUGAUUGUAAUAUUUGUACAUUAUAUUGCUGUAAUGUGUAUAAUGUGUCCAAGUUAUUUAUAUUAUAUUAUUUUUAUGAAAGGUUUUCCGCUGAGAGAACUAAGUUGUCAUUUUGUGAAUAAAAUGCAUUUAAUAAGCAAACAGCUAUAUAUAUAUAAAAACAAAUAUAUAUAGAUAUAUAUAUAAACCAGUAUAUUUUUUUUCUUUCACUGUUCAGUACUGUAAAGUGUGUUGAAAAUACAAAUAAAGGAUGAUUUUUAUA